AGUAAUAUAACUAAACAUUUUGUGUGGACAAUAAUGCAGUCUGCUUUAGAUACUUUAGAUUUUAUGGAUUUAAAUCAUCCCAACGAGUUACAGCUUCCCGAACCAAAAAACUACGCAAAAGUGGCUGCCGAUAUGUUCCGAAUCUUCCAUAAAGAUAUGCUAGCCAGUAAAGCAAACAGAACAAUUUCAAUAGAUAUCUCAAUGAACGAGAUAGGAAUAUGCCACGUCAUAAAUUCCAAUGUUGCUGCAUUCGACGAGCCUUAUAGCUGGAAUGCAGACUUCGCAACCAAAAAUUACGUCAAAAAAAAUAUGGAGCUCUCUAUUUUUGAAGUAGAUCUUUUUACCUUGAUAACAGAUUAUGCACCCGUUUACAAGGUAUAUAUCCAUGGUCCUGACGAAGUCCCGUUGACUGGCUCCUCGUUCAAUUACGAUGUCGAAGGUUUCAUGUCCUUUGGUUUGUCUGUAAGGAGUACCAGAAUUUCGGAUGAACUGCGUUACCAGUCACUAAGAUUGCGUAAAUGCCGAUUCACUCAUGAACCUAUAAGCGAGAGAUAUCCAGUCUAUUCUUAUAAUCACUGCAUACUGGAGUGUAGAAUCAAAAUGAUUCUGAGGCUAUGUGGAUGUGUGCCUCAUUUCUACAAACCAUUAGAUAAUGAACGUGUAUGUUACAUUUCUGAGCUAAGCUGUGUAUUGAAAUACAAAACUGAAAUAACAACAUUGAAAACAUCAGAACAAACAUACAAACAAUUCGCCAGCACCAAAGACCUGCCCAAGACAUCACGAGACUGCGGUUGUCUGAACGAUUGUGAAUUUGAUACGUAUUACAAGGACAAUGAAGAAUUUGUACCGCAAAAGGGAAUAAACAAACUAAAAAUUAAAAUCACUUCAUUUCCAAAGUGAGGAGUGGGGGUGUAAUGAAUCUGUGCAUCGGCAGUUCAAUAAUUUCUUUAGUUGAAUUACUAGUUGUAAUAAUUAAGUGUGUAUUUUAUAUUCUAGUAAAAGUAGUUCGAUU